AAAGGAGGUUGUACGUCACGCGUCACGAUGACAAAGAGAUGAUGCUAAAUCGGUUCGUCACGGUCACAGCGGAUUAAGUCGAUUCACGCGGAUACCGUCUUCCGUCUCUAUUUCUACGUUCUUUUCUCCCAUCACUGACGACGCUCGGGACCUCUUGUAGGCGCCCAUAUUUUACUGGCCUGUUAAUAUGUCGACAGAGCAGAAGAAGGCUUUACCUUUCGUGGCAAAUUUCGCUGCAGGUGCUAUCGCUGGUGUAUCAGAGAUCUUGACCUUCUAUCCCCUCGAUGUCGUUAAAACACGUAUGCAGCUGGAAACUGGGAAGUCACAACAUGGUUUAGUAGGAACUUUCAAGAGCAUUAUCAAGGCAGAGGGUGUCGGACGGUUGUACAGAGGUUUGGUACCGCCUCUACUCCUUGAGGCUCCCAAGCGUGCUGUGAAAUUCGCAGCUAAUGAUUUCUGGGGCAAGACCUACCUAGGGCUCACCGGGGAGACCAAAAUGACACAACCUCUGUCGGUGUUAACCGGAUGUAGCGCGGGUGCAACCGAAAGUUUUGUUGUUGUACCCUUUGAGCUCGUCAAGAUCAAACUUCAAGAUAAGACCAGCACCUUUAAGGGCCCAAUGGAUGUCGUCUCCCAAGUGAUCAAGAAGGAGGGUGUUUUAGGAUUGUACGCUGGCAUGGAGGCAACUUUUUGGAGGCAUCUUUAUUGGAACGGAGGCUAUUUCGGUUGCAUCUUCCAGGUGCGGGCAUUAUUGCCCAAGGCAGAGAACCAACAAUCUGAGCUCCUGAACAACUUUAUCUCUGGCUCCAUAGGAGGAUUUGCUGGAACUGCUUUGAACACUCCAUUCGACGUUGUUAAGUCCCGUAUUCAAGGUGCUGCAAAGGUUCCUGGUGUUACUCCCAGAUAUAACUGGACAUACCCUGCUCUGGUCACCAUCUUCAGGGAAGAAGGUCCAGCAGCUCUGUACAAAGGUUUCGUCCCCAAAGUGCUCCGUUUGGCUCCCGGAGGAGGAGUACUACUGCUUGUCGUAGAAUUCACGCUGGGGGUCUUUAGAAAAGCACUUGGACCGCCUUACAUAUAGGUAUAGGAGAGUAGAUGAAUGAUAUUCACGUUCAAAUUGAUUUGAUUCAUCGAACAGUAAUGUUAUUAUUAUAUAGGCAUAGUACGUGUGGGCCUGAGGUUUCAUACGGAGAAACUGAAUGUCAAUCCUGUGGUCUGUACGGGGAAGGAGGUACGGGGUGCACUGCCCUUAGGCGUUAGGCGUAGGGCUAACCCCUCCGUAUAACCACCGGCACUGUUGUGGACCACAUCAAAGUGCACUGCGUGUGAUUGAUCUAGCUUGUCUACAAGGAGCUACGUAGCAAUAAAUAACAUGAAACUUCGGACU